AUGGAGCAAGAAGGAACCAAUGGAACUUACAGUGAGAUUAAUGGCAGUAAUGAUACGAAGAAUAAUAAGGAGGAGCAGCAUGAUGUUCCAUUGAUGGCGUUAAACCAUGUUUCGAGAUUGUGUAGGUCGGUGAAAGAUUCAGUCGAUUUUUACACAAAAGUGCUCGGAUUUGUGCUAAUUCAGAGGCCACAAGCCUUCGAUUUCGACGGUGCCUGGCUCUUCAAUUAUGGUGUUGGGAUUCAUUUGGUGCAAGCUAAAGAUGAAGAUAGGUUGCCUCAUGAUCCUGACCAUCUGGACCCUAUGGAUAAUCAUAUCUCCUUUCAGUGUGAGGACAUGAAGGCAAUGGAGCUGAAGUUGAAAGAGUUCGACAUUAAGUGUAUCAAAAGAACAGUUGGUGAUGAAGAAGCAGGAGCCAUUGAUCAGCUAUUCUUCAACGACCCAGAUGGGUUCAUGAUCGAAAUAUGCAACUGCGAAAACGUGAAACUUGUUCCUCAACGUUCGAUUGGGAAAAUAAAGUUCCCGCCCGGUCGCCAUAACCCUCCUCUAGACCUGGAUUCCGAUGGUCUGGAGGCCUAG